AUGUCGGUACCAACUGAAUUAACGAAAAAACGCGGUGCUUUGAAGACUAGAGUCACGUGUUUUAGAAACUAUAUAACUAAUCUAAAACGCGAAUUUCCCGAUGAAAGUGUCGAAUUAGAAGACGUAAUUAAGUUUGAAAUAAACGACCGAUUAGACAAAAUUAGAGAAAACUUUGCAUUAUAUGAAGAAAUACAAGAACAAAUUGACGGGCUAACCGAUGAUCCUCAGGAAACAAUAGAGUAUAGAACUGAAAUCGAGGAUAAUUUCUUUCGUGCAAUAGCAGAAGCUAAAAGAUUAUUGUCACAGGGAAUUUUAAAAGAUGGUUUGUCCGUGAAUGCGCGAUCUAAUCAAGAAGUAGCCGCUAAUCAGGCAGGACAGCAGGUCCAUCAGCAAUCGGGGAUGAUUCCAAAUAAUCAACCUUUAGUAAUAAAAGCUUCGGGUUUACAGUUACCGCAAAUUGAGCUACCAAAAUUUAAUGGGGAAUUGUCAGAAUGGCUAGGCUUCAGAGACACGUUCGAAUCGCUCAUUCAUAAUAACCAAGAAAUUACUCAGAUCGAGAAAUUCCACUAUUUAAACGCGGCACUAAAAGACAGUGCGGCUCAAGUAAUCGAGUCCUUGGAGUUUUCGGCUAUAAAUUACAAGGUGGCAUGGGAUGCCUUAUGCAGUCGCUUCAAUAAUAAAAGGCUUCUAAUUCAGAAUCACAUCAAAACAAUCUUUAAUACUGAUCAAAUAACAAGUGAAUCUUCAGUUCAAAUUAGAAAGAUGCUAGACAAUUUAAACAAACACAUUAGAGCUUUAGCAACUUUAGGUCAAUCGACAGAUAAUUGGGAUUCACUUUUAAUUUAUUUACUUGCUUCGAAACUGGAUACUAACACAGCUAGAGCAUGGGAAAAGGAAAGAACGGGUAAUGAAAUUCCAAGUCUAAAUGAUUUUAAAAACUUUCUAAAAGGGCGUGCGAACCUAUUAGAAACACUCGAGAUAAACAAUCUAAAACUAAAAAAUGAUUCAAAAUCAAAGUUUGAAAACAAAGGCUAUUCUCAAAAUAGAAAAUCUUUCUUAGCUCAAAAAAUCAGUUGCGCUCUUUGCAAAGAGGAACAUCAUAUACAAAAUUGCCCUACUUUCCUAUCCUUAACUACACAAGAAAGGGCUGAAAAGGCUAGAAGUUGCAAAAUUUGCCUAAAUUGUCUAAGACCUGGACAUUUUCAAAGAGAGUGCAGGUCAAGUGGUUGCAAAAAUUGCAAAGGUAGGCACAACACUCUACUUCACUUUGAGACAAGCACUAGGUCCAAUAUAACUACUCCUAGUGAGCCUAAAGAAAAGAUCAUAUGUUCCGCUAGCACAAUCACUUCGAAUCCUGAUGAUGGAGUUCUCUCCACAGCAUCAGUCCUUGUCACAAAUAUUAAUAAUGAACAAUGUUCCGCUUGUCUUUUACUAGAUUCUGGUUCACAAUGCAAUCUAAUCACUUAUGAUCUUUGCGAAGCACUUAAGCUCAAAAAAUCACCCAUUGAUGUUAGUUUAGGGUCAAUUAGCGAAAGCCCCUUAACUGUAAAACACAAGUGUGAAAUCGAAAUCCAAUCUCAAACUAGUGCUUACAAAAUUCGGGUUUCAUGUUUAGUGGUCUCUAAAAUUCGAUCAGAAGUGCCUAAACUUCAGUUCAAUGCAAAAUCGUUAAAGAUUCCUCUGCACAUUAACCUAGCAGAUCCUCAAUUUGACAAACCAGGAACAAUUGAUAUUUUUCUAGGUAAUGCUGUUUUCUGGUCGUUAAUUUGUGUUGGUCAAAUCAAGCUAAAUAAUGAAGGUCUAAUUCUCCAAAAAACUCGGCUAGGUUGGAUGCUAGCGGGUCCAAUGCCCGAUUCUCCAUCUAAAUUAGUAAGCUGUAACGCGAUCAGCAAAAUAAAUAUUGAAAGUCAGCUUCGUCAAUUUUGGGAAUUAGAGGAAUUCAACUUAGACAAAAGGGUUACAUCGGUUGACGAAGGAUUUUGCGAAGAAUUCUUUGUUAAAACGCUUAAACGCGAUAAUGAGGGAAGGUUUAUUGUCACAAUUCCGCUAAAAAGAAAUCCGCAGUGCUUAGGUGACUCAAGAGAAAUUGCAAAACGCCGUUUGUUAAAUUUAGAAUCGAGAUUAGGCAAGCAGACCGAACUGCGAGAAGACUACUCCAGAUUCAUCCGCGAGUACAUCGACCUGAAACACAUGAAAAAAGUGGACAAUGAAAUCGAACCGAUAACCUCUUAUUAUUUUCCGCAUCAUUGUAUUGUUCGUCCACAACGCGAGUCUACAAAAAUCAGAGUAGUUUUCAAUGGGUCAGCGGAAAGUAGUUCAGGUGUGUCCUUAUAUGAUUUACAAAUAGUAGGUCCUAACAUACAAAGUGACAUAUUUUCUAUCAUCCUUCGAUUUCGUAAACACAAAUUCGUCAUCGGUGGCGACAUUGAAAAAAUGUACCGCCAAGUUCAAAUCACACCUGAACAGCAUUCGCUGCAAAGAAUUCUCUGGCGCUUUGAUGUUGACAAACCCAUUGACACUUACGAACUAACAACAGUCACGUAUGGCACAGCAGCAGCCUCUUUUUUGGCAAUUAGAUGUGUAAAUGAACUUGCUCAUGAAUGUGAAAAAACUGACCCUGAAAUUGCAAAAAUCAUUCGUCAAGAUUUUUACGUAGACGAUUUGCUAACAGGAGCAGAUAGUAUUAAAGAGACUGCAUCUCUAGCAAAAAGAUUAAAGAAAAUUUUAGCCACUGCUCUAAAUGAUCAGUCGAUUCUACGACAUGUCUUUGGUUCAAAUGCUAUCAAUAUUGAGCUUCACGGAUUUUCAGAUGCUUCUCAAGAAGCAUACGGGGGUUGCGUUUACAUUAGAUCACAGGAUAAAUUUGGUAACGUAGCAAUCAGACUACUUUGUGCUAAAUUAAAAGUCUCUCCGCUAAAAACUCAAACUAUUCCCAGACUAGAGCUCUGCGGAGCUGUCUGUCUUGCAAAAUUAAUUGAUAAAGCAAAAUUCGCACUCGACACACCUAUACAGGGUAGCAAUUAUUGGACUGACUCAUCCAUCAUUCUGGACUGGAUCAAAAAACAGCCAGAAAAGAUGGGAGAUGUUUUCGUUUCAAAUCGAGUCUCAGCAAUCGCAUACUGCAAAAGGUUUACAAAAAAUUGCAAACUAAAAGAGAGCAGAAUAACUGGACCUCUCAACACUAAAGAGCUACGGGAAUCAUUGCUUGAUCUUGCUAAACUAGUUCAGCAAGUUUCCUUUCAAACAGAAAUCAAUGCAUUAAAAAAUGGGGAAACAAUCGUUAGAAAAAAGGGAUUGAAGUCAUUAGCUCCCUUUUUAGACGAAAACGAGAUGUUAAGAGUGGGUGGUAGGUUGUCGAAUUCGAAUUUUAAAGAAGACAAAAAGUACCCGAUACUUAUUCACUCGCAUCACACCUUUACUAAAUUGCUAUUUCAACAUGAACAUGUUAAACUGUUCCACGCGCCACCUCAACUAUUAUUAUCAAGUAUUAGAGAAACCUUCUGGCCCAUAGGAGGGCGCAACUUAGCUAGAAAAACUGUUCAUGAUUGCAUAAGAUGCUCCAGAAUGCAACCAAAAUCGAUCACUCCAAGGAUGGGCAAUCUUCCGUCAACUCGCAUCUCUGAAUCACCUCCAUUUUGCAAUGCAGGAGUUCACUAUGCCGAUCCAUUUUCAGUAAAAGAUAGAAAAGGGCGAGGUUGUAAGGUAACUAAAGCCUACGUCUGCCUUUUCGUUUGCUUCUCAACCAAAGCAUUGCAUUUGGAGUUGGUCUCUGAUGCUACGACUGAUGCUUUGCUGGCUGCUUUGCGGCGCUUCGUAUCGCGUCGAGGAAAACCAGCAAAUAUACAUUCAGACAAUGGCACUAACUUUGUCGGCGCGAAUAACGAGUUGAGACGUUUGGGCGAUUUUUUGCUUCAAAAAUGCAACUCGUUGAAUGAAUCGAUUGCUAACACCGGAAUUCAAUGGCACUUCAUUCCGGCUUACAAGCCCCACUUCGGAGGUAUUUGGGAGGCCGGAGUGAAGUCGGUCAAACACCAUCUAAAAAGAGUAGCUGGAGAGGCGAUUCUAACCUUUGAAGAGUUUGCAACUUUGCUUACUCAAAUCGAAGCAAUACUCAACUCCCGGCCUCUAACUCCCCUAUCUAGUGAUCCCAACGACUUGAAUCCUCUCACUCCAGCCCACUUUCUAAUUGGACGAACGUUUUCUUCCUUAGCUGAUCCUGACCUGUCACACGUGAAUCAAGGAAGAUUAUCAAACUGGCAACGAAUCCAACAACUUCAGCAGCACAUGUGGAAACGUUGGAGCAAAGAAUACAUCUCAGAGCUUCAAAGGAGGACCAAAUGGCAGGAGCCUUUUCCAGAACUCAACAAGAAUACUCUUGUCCUCUUAAAGGAUGACAACUUGCCUCCAUCAGCUUGGAAAUUAGGAAGGAUAACUGAAGUCCACCCUGGAAAGGAUGGAAUUGCUCGCAUUGCCUCGGUUAAAACGUCUAAGGGCAUAGUUCGUCGAUCUUUCACCAAAUUAUGUCCUCUUCCUAUUUGCAAUUAA